GUGCUUGUGGUCCGAUUUUUCACUGCAUAACCUAGAACAAGCUGUCAAUCCUGCAAACUUCAAGAAACUUGUUCAAGCUGUAAAGAAAGUUUCAGGUUUUAAUAAAGAAACACACUCAUACAAGACGCCAAGUCUUGUCCUCAAAUUAGGACAAAGCCUAAGUAAAAUCUGUGACAUUCUCCAUAGUAGGGCUAUAAUGGCAGAGGAUGAUGCAUUGAUGGAGUCCACUGACGUUUUCAAGAAGUUGCUUAGCUCCAAGUGGCCUGAGCUUGUGUCUCACAGAGCCUUGAAACCCAGGAGCCAUUACAGAGGACGAGACUGUUUGCACGUUCUUGCUAAGCGCCCUGAGGACCUCAGGUCAACACAACUGACAAAUCACGCCAUCACUCUCUCACAAGACCUUCAUUUCAAAAACAAUAAACCUGAUCAGGUUGCAGAUUUUUUGGGUCAUGACACUCGGGUUCACCUCUACAGACUACCGACUCGCUCCACAACACAGCUGGCCAAGAUUUCAAAAGUGCUGCUUUCAAAGGAGACGGGGAAUCUUGACAGAUUGCAAGGGAAAUCACUGGAAGAGAUUAAAUUGGAAGAUGAAAUCAUAUUCAGAGAUGCUGAGGAAAAAGACUGUGAGAACAAAUCUGAGGAUGUCAAUGGCACACCUACAGCAACAGGGUUUGCUUCAUCUAGCUCUAUAAACACACAGCAGGUCCAAGACACUGAGGAUGGUGAAGGUAAGAUUGCGGAUCGAAAAAAUGAAGGAAGAAGAGGGAAAAAGAAGACCUGGUCAAAGGCAGAGAUCGCUGCAAUAAUGCGCCAUUUUAAGGAGUACAUCAAUAAAGGGAAACUAGCCCCAAUGAAAGAAUGUCGUCACUGCAAGCUUGUGGAGGGUUCUGUACUUGCACAGAGAACAGUGCAAAAUAUCAGAGACUUUGUAAGAAACCGGGGAGUAGCUGCAAAGAAGAAGUUAAAAUAAGAACGGUGCAAACAUCUUUCAAUGUUAACUUGCAUCUUCCUGUUAGAUCUGUGAGCAAUAGUUCCUGAUAAAUUUGCCAUCGCGACCCUGCA